AUGAGGGAAUCAACGAAGAGAAACAGAGGGAGGGACUUGUGUAGGUACUCAAUGCGGCAUGGCGAACAAGUUGUUACCGCGUGCCAGUCGAAUCGAGUACAGAAAGCAUGCAUAAACUAUCACGACAUUUGUUACGAUACCGUCAAAUCCCGGAUGAGGAGCAAGUGUUCUCAACCAAAUAAUGAGUAA